AUGCCCUCCUCACCCCCCCACCACCUCCUUAACACCUCCUGGACCCUCCACCGCCUCUCCCCCCUCCACCAUGCCAAAGAAUACCCAUCCCUCCUCGACAACCCCGUCGCGUUGAAAACCUACGCGACGCGCCUCCGCGACCAAAUCUCCGGGUCGUCUUCCUUCUCAGGCGUCUCCACCGGCGCGGCAGAAGACGAGUCACUAUCGCGAACAGGCCCACUGAAAGACUGCACCUGGGAGAUUCUACCUAGUCUAUCACUACUCGAUGACCCCACCUCUAACCCUUCUACAUAUGAUCCCGAAUCCGACGGCCCCGGCGCCGGGAUCGCCGUGACGCUAGAGUACGAGAAUAUCACGUACAAAGCGGCGCUUCUAGCCCCUACCUCGAUCUCUCAAGACGAAGACGACGCAAGUACGCAUCUCCCGCUCCUAAUGACGCGCUUCCCGAACCCCCUCCGCCAAACAUUCCUGAGCUUCUUGUCUGCGAACUUCGACACCUAUGUUUCGAAUCUCCGCCUCUCGUCGGAUUUCACCUGCUCGGCGCUGGAGAUCUACGUGGGUGUUUUGAGCCAGGGGUCUGCGGGCGAGGGCUCGCGCGUCCUCGAGGACCUGGUCAAGGAGCUGCAGUUGACGGUGGCGUUUUCGUCGGCUGUGGCGCCCGCGCUGAGGUCGCUGAAUGUGAACGUGCCGAGGGCGUCGCUGGGGAGCUUUCUACUGCGAUCGGGUUCAGCGUCGGACGAGGCGCCGAGGGGCUCUGUGCUCGAAGGUCUGUCGGAUUAUAUUCGCAGGCAUUUAGCGAUGGAUUUGGAUCUUGCGGGGAAGUCGGAGAACUCGGCGCUUGUGAAGCAGCAUGUGCGCGUGUCGAAGAUCGCCUGUGCUGGGUUUAAUAUCGCCGGGGAGGGCAGGUUGAAGCUGGUUGGGCAGUUGCGGGCGCAGACGCAGCAGGAUGGAGACGAGCAUGGAAGUGCCGGUGAUGGCGAUGAUAUGAGCCCGACGAAAAAGCUCGGGCUGAGAGCAAAUGAAGCUUUGCUUCGGGUUGUUGUUCGGAGGGCCGCUACGGCUAGCGAGAACCAGGCAUCGUGA